AUGGCUUUGAAUGUUGCUCCUGUAAGAGAUACAAAAUGGCUAACAUUAGAAGUGUGCAGGCAGUUUCAGAGGGGAACUUGUUCACGCUCCGAUGAAGAAUGCAAAUUUGCACACCCCCCUAAAAGUUGCCAGGUUGAAAACGGAAGAGUUAUUGCCUGCUUUGAUUCCUUAAAGGGUCGUUGUACAAGGGAGAACUGCAAGUACCUUCACCCACCGACACAUUUAAAAACUCAACUGGAAAUCAAUGGCAGGAACAACUUAAUCCAACAAAAAACUGCAGCAGCAAUGCUUGCCCAGCAAAUGCAGUUCAUGUUUCCAGGGACACCACUACAGCCAGUGCCCACAUUUCCGGUGGGUCCCACAAUAGGAACAAACACGGCUAUUAGCUUUGCUCCUUACCUAACGCCAGUAACACCAGGAGUUGGCUUAGUCCCGACUGAGAUCCUACCCACACCACCCGUCAUUGUUCCUGGAAGUCCACCGGUUUCAGUCCCUGGUUCAACUGCUACCCAGAAACUCCUCAGGACUGAUAAGCUGGAGGUGUGCAGGGAGUUCCAGCGGGGAAACUGUGCGCGUGGAGAGACUGAUUGCCGCUUUGCGCACCCGGCAGACAGCACAAUGAUUGACACAAACGACAACACCGUAACCGUGUGUAUGGAUUACAUAAAAGGUCGUUGCAUGAGGGAGAAAUGCAAGUAUUUUCACCCUCCUGCACAUUUGCAGGCCAAAAUCAAAGCGGCGCAACACCAAGCCAACCAGGCUGCGGUGGCAGCCCAGGCAGCUGCGGCAGCUGCGACUGUGAUGACUCAGUCGACUGCCAAAGCAAUGAAGCGACCUCUCGAAGCAACUGUAGACCUGGCCUUUCCUCCUGGUGUUCUUCACCCUUUACCAAAGAGACAAGCACUUGAAAAAAGCAAUGGUGCCAGUGCCGUUUUCAAUCCCAGUGUCUUGCACUAUCAACAGGCUCUUGCCAAUGCUCAAUUGCAGCAACAUGCAGCGUUUAUCCCAACAGGGUCAGUUUUGUGCAUGACACCCGCUACCAGUAUUGUACCCAUGAUGCACAACGCUACGGCCGCCACUGUCUCUGCAGCAACAACUCCUGCAACAAGUGUUCCCUUCGCCGCAACAGCCACAGCAAAUCAGAUAAUCCUGAAAUAGCCGGCAGGAGCGGAACGGAGUGUCACGAAGCCUCCCUGCGGGCGGCCAAGCACGGCUACUGUACAUACUACCCCGUCUCCUCCUCUCUAGAGUUGCCACAAACUGCAUGCUAAGUCAAGAAUUUGUUCUUACGGACAAAUCACGAAACUCGAAAAAGCUAGUGCUGCUAUGUCAUAUAUGAAUAUUAAAUAUGGUAUGCUUACUAUACUCCAACCUAAAAUAGUUAACUACCUGAUACCAGCUGUGAUGUUUCAAGACAUAAAGGGUAACAUUUAGUUUUAAAGGUUUUCUAAGCAUAGUUUAAUUCUUGUCUUUUCUCCAUGACUAUACCUAACGGAAACGGUCCAAUUAAGUUCGUCUCGUUAGAUUCAGUGUUCAUGAAUCUUCCGAGCUCAGCAAUAAUUAAGUUGUAUUGGCUAAAAACUUAUCCCAGUUGCAGAUUUAAUUUUCACCCGCACUAUGAUUGGGGUUUUUCUUCUCGGUUGAAAAAAAACCAAACAAUCACAAACAACAGUCUUGGUUUUGCUCCCCUAGUGAGUGGAUUCCAAGGCAGAGGAAGUGAAACACAGCCCAGUGUCCUGCACAACACCCUGCCAAUCCGAAGAUUUUUAGCCAGAAGUCCAAAGCAAAGCACAAAUUCUUUAGAUGCACAUGGUUGGUGUUUGGCUUGUAUGGAGAAGUUGCAUUUGAAUCAUAGCAGAAUAGCAGAAGAAAAUUUUAAAAAAUAAUAAAAUAAUUUGCACAGUGUGUACUUCAUACCCCUUUCAAUCCCCAAAAGAACAAAGUCUUGAGAAUAUUAUUUUGCGAGUAUAUUUAUAAUGUUUUUAGAAGAGACUUUGCAGAAGUGCCUAAAUUUUGUCACAUCAGACUUGAUGAAAGUGAGCCUGAUGCCAACGGUCAAAUCUCACCGGAAGCGAAUAAUCUUUCAAACUCCUAGUCAGGUUACCAAAAAAGAUCCAAGCUGUAAAGAAGUAACUUCUAGAAGUGUGAAAUCAAACAACAACAACAAAAAAGACCAAACUAAUAAAAGGCAAAAAAUAAGGCUGCAGAUGAAGAGAUUUGUACGAUACUCUAAUUUAAUUAAAAUUCAGUUGAGUCACUUCAUAGGUGACUUUAAUCUAGACUAUUAACUGAACACUAAGAAUGUAGAAUGAGAUUCAGUUUAAUAAAUCAUGACUGUAUUUGCGUUUUUUUAAAUUGGAUUAUAAGAUUGUAACCAGAUUAGAGUGGAGAAGAAAAUAGUUCUUUUAAUUGUUUUUCUUUAAAAACAUAUUUUAUGUCACAAAAGUAUGAAGAUAUCUUUAAUACAAUUAUAUACAUAUUAUAUAUACAUACAUACAUAUAUAUGGAUGAAGCAGAUUUUAAUGUUGUUUACUUUUUUAAAUACUUUGUUGAUUUACAAGGUAAUUAUAUAUGUAUAAUUAAAAUUUCAUUUGUUUGAUUUGAGAUUUGUUUCAAGCACUAUUGUACCAAAUAUUUCAUAUUUCACAUUUUAUAUGUUGCACAUGUAUCACAUAAAUGACAUAGUUUUUAAAUUAUUGUUUAAAAAAACAAGACAGCUGUUAUAAGUGGAUAUUAUGUAUAAUUGUUUGCAGCAUAAGUUUUCUAUGUGGACAUUAUUAGUGAUUGCAGUAUUUUAACUUAACCUCUUCAGAUUGAUUGUAAACUAUUUUGAACUUUGGCAGCACUGCCUGUUCUGAACGACUGAAGGCACUAACCAUAUAAUUAUUUGUCUAGGAAAUUAUUUUCUGGGCUAAAUCUUGUUCGUCCGAUGUCUAAUUACUAUCUAUUUAUAUAUAAAGCUGGAGAUUUGAUCAUCCAAAAGAAAAGAAUAAUCACGAUUCGAUUGUAAAAUUAACAUAGUGCUUGUAACGUUGCGUUAGUUUUAAUUUGUGGAAAAAUACUGUAUCUUAACUUGUUACUUUAGCAGUUAAGGUAUCACCAUUAUAUACUAUUAAAACACUAAUAUUUGUAGACUUUCUCAGUCAUUAUAACUAGGUAGUUGACACUGCAACUUGCCUAUAUCUGUCAAAGUUGUUUUUAUUUUUUUAUAAUAGUUAAUUUAGGCAUUUGGGUAGCUUAUUGUAUAAUACUAAAUGGUAAAUUAUCCAUGUUGUUUAAAUAUUUUAUGUAGAUAACCCUUCAAGACAUUGUUUUGUGUGAACUUUUUAUGUUUCAAAAUAACUGUUAUUCUAUGUUUUUUACAAUUAAUCCAAUACUACUAUUUUUUGCCCAUGGAUGACGAAGCUUCAGAUACAUCAGGUCUUUCAUCCAGAUAAACUGACAGACAAAAAGAGAAAAUGUAUUUUUAAUAAGAGAUCCACUUUCCGACUUUAUGACUUUGUAAUAUUCCUGAGAACUGUACAAGUACAAACCUAUGCUAACAGUAAGGAGGCAAUUACAGAGAUGUGCAAAUACAUGUACAACAGAUUCUGCAUUUUAUUUAUUUAUAAAGUAAUUUUAUAGACUAUUUCAAAAUUUGGGAAGAUCUAAAACUAUUUUUCUGUAUAAAUAUUAUUUGCCAAAACUUUGUUUAUAUUAAAAAAAAAAAAAAGUCUAAUGAAAAUGAUUAAAUUUUAAAUGCUUUGUUUAAUUAAAAAAAAACCAAAACACCCAACAAAUAAAACCCCCUAAAAGAACCAUGAGAUGGGCCAACACAGAGACAGUGAAUACUGUAGCUGGGACAUGGUUUCAAGUUACUUGAGGUGUCUCAGUGUUUAUUUUCUUCAAAAGAUACAGCACCUCACCAAAAAUACCUUUUUGUUUGCCUCUCUCAUCCAGCAUAAUUGACGACACGUACGAUGAAUAAUUCGCUAACAGUUAAAAGAAACCCCUCCAUUCACUCUUUUUCAGCAUAUAACUACUAGUGGUCUGUUAAAAUAGCCAUUCUAUUUCUGUUGUGACGUUAAAUUCAUUCACCCAAUGUACAACCACUGAAAUAAAAAGAAGCAUUUUAAAAUGA